UGAACAAAUCGGCUAUGGAUAACAAGGUCUGUUUAGCACUGCUUAUUUUGGUGUUAAUAUCAUAUGUGUCUCUUGUUGAUUCUAAACAUGACGGAUAUUUCAGGAGGUUAGCUGGUCUCCGUAUCAGAAACAAUAUUUUGACAUUUUCCCUAUUUAAGGAAACCCAUUGUUGUCUUAAGUGCCUGCAGUACGGCGAUUGUCACAGCGUUAAUGUUCACGAGAAAGAGGGAACUUGUGAAAUAAAUAGGUUUGGACCUCAAGAUUCCGGGGCCAUAACGGAAGUCAAUAGGACGUGGUCACUGUACUAUAAAUCAAAUGCGGAGGACAGAGAACUAAUGCUUCGUGCCACAGCUGGGAUUGAAAUCAGCGUUAGAGACACGUGGCUAGGGAGAGUUUCCCCACCACCCACCCAGGACACGUGCAUCGCCAUGGCAACGGGAGCGUGUUCUACGCAUUACCGGAACCCCAAAGUUGAUCUUUGGAACACCCUUUAUAUAUCCCAAGUGAUUUUAGAACUGUAUAGAGACGGAUCCAGAGUCAUGUUCAUGGUCUUCAAUGGGACUGGGUCUGACCUUGAGAGCUGGGUGUCCUCGUUCAGAUUGAUGACCAGCAGCUGGGCUAUGCUCUCUCCUAGCAGCAACUUUAUCUACUUCUCACUCAAAGGGGACCAGCCCUGCUCUCGGAUUUUCCUCAUCCAGCAGAAUUAUGGCGGCUGCCCUAAAGACGCUGGGUGGUUCGUGGUACUAGAUCCAACAACCUCGGACUGCUGCCUCGGUCAGUGGAGCGACCUUCCAAAUAAACCAAAAUUUGUUUAUUCUACAACUGAUAAUGUCGCCAUCUACCAAAGUGGAGAUGUGGACUACGCUGAUGUCCUAGCAGUAUUCGUGAAGUACAGCGACCACUGAGUCCAUUUCCCUAGGCUAGUGUAUGACUACCACAUACAGUCGAUGAUAUUCCUUUCUGAACAUUGUAUAGUAAUAUAUCAAUAAAUUCGAAAAAAAAAAA